CCUCUGAUACUCGCCUCGCGGCGCGUGCUUGCCGUCAACCUCUCACGUCGUCUAUUUUGGCUAACGGAGGAACCCUUCCAUGCGACGUCCAGUCGGUCCGCAAAUAAAAUGGCGAGUGUAGACGACAUCUUUAAGAACUCGGGCAUCUCCUCCAAGCGCAAGCUGAAUCCCGUCCGAGAUCCAAAUGAAAUAUACAAGUCGGCCAAGCUGAGCGCCAGCGGCUCCAACCGUCGCGCCCAAGUUGACGGCGCAGAACCCGGCGAGGAUGAUAUUGAAGCUGGUCCUGCGCCGCCCCCCGACAACGAUGAGAACGACGACUUCGGCCCUGAUCUACCCCCCGACGAUGACGAAGACCGCUUCUUUGGUGGAGGAAUCACCAAGCAAGAAUCAGAGAUCCUCGACUACGUCGACGACGCUGACGCCGGAGUCGCGCCAGAAAAGAUCGAUGCAGCGUGGUUGCGCAAAACCGCCCUCAACUUUGAAAAGCGCAUCACCAAGAACGCCGAGCUCCGUGCCAAGUUCGAAGACGAUCCGCAGAAGUUCAUCGGCAGCGAGGCCGACCUGGAUGCCGACAUCAAGGGUCUCUCGCUAUUGUCCCAGCACCCGGACCUCUACCCAGACUUUGUUAAGACUGGAUGCGUCGCAAGUCUGGUUAGUUUGCUAGCGCACGAAAAUACAGACAUUGCCAUUGAUGCCAUCGAGAUUAUGGGCGAGUUGACUGAUGAGGAUGUCCCGGCCGAUGAAACCCAGUGGAACAACCUGGUAGAUGCCAUGAUGGAUUCGGACCUGCUGGGGCUUUUGGUGUCCAACUUCUCUCGGCUCAACGAAGACGACGAGUCGGAUCGGAGUGGCAUCUAUCAUGCUCUCGGCGUGAUAGAGAACUUGUGCUCUCGCCCAUCUGCCGCUGAGCGUGUUGGAGAAGAUGACAAGCUGCUGGAAUGGCUCCUGCAACGCAUCCAGCGAAAAGAGGACUCGGUGACGCAAAACAAACAGUAUGCUGCAGAGAUACUGGCUAUUCUGACCCAGGCAUCCCCCACCAACCGUGCCCAACUCACAUCCCUCAAUGCUGUCGAUAUUCUGCUGCAACUGGUUGCCCCCUACCGGAGACGAGAUCCGGAAAAGGGCGGCGAGGAGGAAGAGUACAUGGAGAACCUCUUUGAGGCUUUGACUUGUCUUGCAGACGAGGCCUCAGGCAAGGCUAAGCUCACCGAGGCUGAGGGAGUGGAACUGUGCCUUAUCAUGUUAAAAGAGGGCAAGAGGAGCAAGCCGCCUGCGCUGCGCCUCCUGGACCAUGCCAUUGGUGGCGACACCGGCACUGAGGUAUGCCAGAAAGUGGUCGAGGCGGGCGGCCUCAAAACCAUGUUCACCCUUUUCAUGAAGACCCAUGACCACCGCAUUCUGGAGCAUCUGGUUGGUAUCUUUGCCUCUAUGCUCCGAUUCCUGCCCGCCAACUCAGCAGAGAGGAUACGGACCCUGGCCAAAUUCGUGGAAAAGGACUACGAGAAGAUUUCGAAACUUAUCAAGCUCCGGAGAGAUUACAGCGGACGGGUUGCAAGGGCUGAGCAGCAGAAUGAGGCCGAGAGGAAGGUUCUCUGGACAGAAGACAGGGAAGCUGCGGAACUGGAAUGGCUGUCGAGGAGAAUCGACUCCGGGCUGUUCAUCCUGCAGACGAUUGAUCAGGUCUUAGCCUGGUUGGUAGCUGAGGAUAAUGGAGCUAAAAAGAAGAUCAAGCAGUUGCUCGCCGAGCGCGAUGAGGAGUUGGGAGUGAUUGGCACGACGCUGAGGGAACAGCUAGAGGCAUUAGACACGGCCGAGGAAAACCAGGACACAAAGGAUAUGCUGGGUACUCUAGUCGAUUUCGUUCAGUAG